AUGGGCCAGCUCAAAGUCCUCAAUAGCGUCGAUAUCGAAGAUAUUGCAAGGGACAUAACGUGGACCAUGAGAUCGCUCAACGUUAUCCUCAAUUCGCCUUCAAUAACGACUGGUCUGGACUUGAUUGACCCAAUGGGAGGUGUCAUUUAUGCCAACAAAUGGUUGCAGGCAUUUCAGAGAGAAUAUGUAAACCUCGGUGGAGAAACUGGUGAACAUGAAGAGGUUUUGGAAUAUCACGAGCGACCUGAUAGCGUAGUUGUCCUGAAGUCAUCAAAAGCGGAAUACCAUACCAAAAAAGUGAUUUUCACUGUUGGACCAUGGAUCAACAAGUUAUUUCCAAGCAUACCUCUACAUAUUCAGAGAGAAUAUGUAAACCUCGGUGGAGAAACUGGUGAACAUGAAGAGGUUUUGGAAUAUCACGAGCGACCUGAUAGCGUAGUUGUCCUGAAGUCAUCAAAAGCGGAAUACCAUACCAAAAAAGUGAUUUUCACUGUUGGACCAUGGAUCAACAAGUUAUUUCCAAGCAUACCUCUACAUAUUCAGCCCGAAUCGAUAGCUGUGUGCUACUGGAAGGCGGCACGUGAGCAGGAUUCUGCUCUGUUGGAGAGCGACAAAUUCCCCGUUUUUAUAGCGUCUGAUGAUAACAGCAAGCAAUUUGAAGUCUUUGGGCUACCACCAGUAGACUAUCCAGGGAAUGUAAAGAUUUGCUCACAUCAUGGAGUACCUAUUGACGGGGAGAAACAUCCUGACGUACCAUCGCAGGAGUCCAUUGAUGUGGCGGCGACCUUCGUCAAGGAACACGUCCCGAUUUUGGACGCCACACAACCAACCCAUGUCGACAAAUGCAAAUACACUGUAUCUGAGGACUGCCACUAUGUCAUUGGUCCGUAUCCUGGUUCGGCAAAUAUAUUGAUUGGUGGAUGUGGAUCAGGAAGUGGUUUCAAGGUACUGUUGCACCUUGCAUCGGCAAAGUUCUUGCUGAAAUGGCAGCAGGAAAAGAAACUCUCUGUCGACGUCUCGUUCUUCUCGUUUGAUCGAUUUUUGAAGAAAUGA